AUGUCGUACAAUGGUAGGAAUGAUUGUCGAAUUUACGUCGGAAACCUUCCACCAGACAUACGCUCACGCGAUAUUGAAGAGUUUUUCGAAAAAUUCGGUAAAAUCGUGUUCGUAGAUCUUAAAAACAGGAAAGGUCCGCCGUUCGCCUUCGUUGAAUUUGAAGACUGCAGAGAUGCCGAGGAUGCCGUACACUCCCGCGAUGGGUUCGACUACGAUGGUUAUCGUUUAAGAGUGGAGUUUCCUCGCGGUAGUGGUCCGUACGGGCAAGGAGGACGAGGAGGUCGUAUCAGUCCGAAUGGCCGCACCGGUUCCAGCAGUCGGUCGGUUCGCAGCGGAGCUGCUUCGCGGCACACGAGUUUCCGUGUUUUGGUUAAAGGGCUGCCAGCCACUGGCUCGUGGCAGGACUUGAAGGAUCACAUGAGAGAAGCUGGUGAUGUGUGCUACGCUGACGUUUACAAGGACGGAACAGGGGUCGUCGAGUACAUGCGCUACGAGGAUAUGAAAUAUGCACUGAGGAAAUUGGACGAUUCUAAGUUUCGCUCCCAUGAGGUACGCUGA